AGCAGCGACCAGUUACAGGACCAGCCGGGCGUGUGUAGAGUGACGCAUUCGCAGUUCAAGACACGUUAUCCAGUGAGGAGACGUUCCGACGUUAUUUUUUUGCAUAAGUACUUAGUAGUGUAUGGCAUCAGAAACGCACUGCAACAGACUAGACGUAGGUGUCCGCGCUCCGCAAAGUGGCUGCGCACGCGCAAAGAGCGGAACCCCGCGCGCGCCCUUCUCGUGGUGGUAAGAAAGUGAGAGGACACCUGGCCACGAGGCAUUUUCAAGCCACGCGGUUGAACGAGGCAGCAAGCAAGAGGGUUUUUCUGUGCCACUGUUGCGUCUCUGGUGCACCCAGAACCUCUCCUUGAUCACCGAUACAAGCUGCUAGCCACGGAUCCGAAGAUCAGCGCCGGCAGAACCUUCAGCGAACAUCUUGAACUCCUAACCUCGCACCUGAGCAGCAGCAGCAGUGGAUAUGGCAAUGACGCAGACCCAGAGCCCGUGGACCUACACCUCCCCGAUGGAGCUGCCGCUUGCUCCGCGCGGCCUCAACUCCAGCGGAUCAGAGUCUUCCAUUGACUCCGGCUUCGAUUCGCCGCUCGGGAGUGGGAAAGGCUCGGAUAGCCCGGUCGCUAGGGCACUCAAUAUGUUGUCUAGGCUCUCCAUCUCCAGUGCCCCUAGUGAUAUCAGUGGAGGGGGCGUGGUCAAUGCCAGUUGCCGUGGUAACCACCAGAUUUCAUCCCCGACCAACCUGAGCCCAGAGCUGGAGUGUAAGACCUUUACGACUGGUCUCCUUGGUUCAGACGGGGAGUCUGACCCAUUUGAUAGCUCCAGCUCACCCGAGGCUGACAGUGGCCACGAUUUUCUGCAGCAGCCAUGGCACACCAUCCCCUACACCCCUCCUCCUCCUCCCUCCCAUGUCUUUCCCCUCCCGACCCACACCACCAGCUACGGACUGGGGAUGUACGAACCAACUCUCCUCGCACCCGGCGGAGUGGAGAGAACGUACUACCCCAAGAGUACCUCUUGCCACAUCGGAGGACAGGGGAACCCCUUUAGCAACAAUUCUGACGUCAUCUGCACGUGGAGUGGACAGCUGCCGCCACGGAGACACAAGAACCCCACCUACUCACCCCGCGUCUUCCUCGGAGGUGUUCCGUGGGAUAUAACAGAGGCAGCUCUCCUAGCAACCUUCCAGCCUUGUGGAAACCUCUCCGUUGACUGGCCUGGCAAAGACAACAAACACAACAGACACCCACCAAAAGGGUAUGUGUAUCUGACAUUCGACAUGGAGAAGAGUGUGAAGAACUUGCUGGUGAACUGCAUGCACGAUCCAAUGGACACCAGUCAGUACUAUUUCAAGGUCUGCAGUCGCCGAGUCAGAAACAAGGAGGUCCAGGUGAUACCAUGGGCGCUCUCCGAUAGCAACUCUAUUAGAUGCCCGUCACCUCGUCUGGACCCUAGCAGGACUGUGUUUGUGGGUGGUCUCCACGGACUUCUGAACGCAGAUAUCUUGGCUCACAUUAUGAACGACCUGUUUGGGGGUGUGGUCUACGCCGGCAUCGACACUGAUCGCUACAAGUACCCCAUUGGUUCUGGCCGCGUUACCUUUGGCAACCAACGCAGCUUCAUGAAGGCAGUCAAGGCCGGCUUUGUUGAGAUCAAAACUCCAAAAUUCAGCAAGAAGGUCCAGAUAGACCCCUACCUGGAGGACUCCCUGUGUACCAUGUGCAGUCGUGUGGUGGGGCCUUACUUCUGCAGGGACUUCAAGUGUUUCAAGUACUUCUGUCGCUCCUGUUGGCAAUGGCAACACUCCAUCGACGGCUACCAGAGCCACAAGCCACUCACUCGGACCUCCAAGGCUCGCAGCCUCUGAGACUGGCCCCACCCACUCAACGAGGGGACGACUUCGUCAAUGAAUCAACCAACGGAAUCGGUGUUUGCACACAUUUAGAGACUGACACAGUUUUUCUUCACAAGAGACGCAGUCCCUGUCGCCAUGGCAAUGUUUUGUAACCGUGCCGACGAGCUUUGUACCCUACAGUUAGCGCCAAUUGUCUUUACUCAAGAGAUUUUUAGUUCCAAUUUAUUUUUUGUUUCAGUUAGCUUUUGGUUGCACUCGUUAUGUAUGCCCUUCUUUUAUUAGCCAAUUUUUUUAGAUGCCCGGGCGUUACUAUGUACAAAGCACCUAGCAACGACCUUUCACCCCUGUUUUGACUUCAUUUUCAUUUCAUUCAUCACUUUGGUUACCGUGGCUAUCUCCUUAGCAACCUAAACCCCAUCCAUUCUUUAUCUUUUAAUUUUCGAUAUGAUAUCGUGUACUUUUUCACACAGGUCCAGCAUAUAAAUAUUAUUAACCUUUUUUCUCUUGUGAUUUUAUUUUAAUGUACGGUUUUCUAGCCUCAAUUUAGUUAUUAUCAGCAUUUUUAUCACAUUAUAAUUCCUGUCCCAUUUCUAAUUGUCUCAAUCAGAACAAUUUUUGUAUCACUUGAUAGAUUUUUUGGUGUAGGCAAUAUUAUUAUCCAGCAAAUUUUUGAUGAAUUUUUGAUCAAUUCGGGAUUUAUACAGAAACUAAACUGUAGUUCGUUUUAGUGGUGGGGGGCAUUAAAAAGAACAGUUUUGAAGGAGCAGUGGAAAUGCAUAUAGACCUGUGCGUAUGUGGAAUGAUUGUCAUGACAACAAAGGCUGUUGCUCUGGUGUGCUAUUUUUGAUGAUGUCAACUCUUGCCCCUUCCUCUUCAUCUGACUCCACCCCUUGUGUCACGUGGUUGUCUAGGGAGGUGUGGUAAUGGGCUGGGCAAGGUGAGGUGGUUGGACUGUCAGCAGGUGGAUCUUCAAUCUAGGAAUAUCACAACACCAAUAACCUGCAUGCAGCUAUAUAGAAAAACCAACCACAACAGGCAUUAUAAUUAUAGACAGCAUGGUCCUGUUGUGUUGUGACCUCCAUUGGUACAGUCUGAUAGAAGGAACUGCGGACUAUCAUACCCAUACAACAUCCAAUAGAGGAGUUGCACCCACAGUCUCUAGCGUAUGAGCGGAUGUACUAAAGACAAGGCACAAUGAAAGCCAGUUCUUGACCACAGCCAACAUCAGGUGAUUCCUUGAAAUAGCUGACUGUACCGCAGGGAGAUAACCAUCUUAAACUCUUAUCUGACCACAGCACUAUAAUAUCUCCCCAUCUCACUCUGGUGAAUGAUGAUGUAAGAUUUACUCUCCUUGGUUACAACAGGGUCUUCCCCGUUGCCAUGGUAACCAGUGUGAGCCCACUCACCCUUUGUUGUUGGUCGUUGUUUUGUAUGACCACGUCUUCGAUGACAUCAUCACCCUGUGUAUUGUUGAGUCUUGAGUAGGAGACUGAUGGAAGAGAGGAGAGUCUUCUGGUCUUGUUUGCUCUCCAGACCUUCUCCCCGAUGACAGUGAACCACCAGUACAAAGAUGAGGACACACCCUAUCACCAGUAGCACCUGCUUCCAAACAGGCAGGAAGGGUGUGUCCAGUUCAGGAAGGUGAAGCUCCUC